UCGGAAUGAACGUGAUUGUUGUCAAUGCCACCGACAAAGAUGAAGGUCCCAAUGGUCAAGUGACCUAUCACAUUGCCAAGCAGGAGCCACCUUCUCCACCCGCAGCCUUUUCCAUAGACGACGGAUCUGGUAUAAUAAGAGUGGCUCAAAACCUGGACUACGGCAAGGCGAAGAAAUAUACCCUGGAGGUGGAAGGGAGGGAUGGAGGCAGUCCAUCUCUUACAGGCAGUGCAACGGUGGUUGUACUGGUGGAAGACGUGAACGAUAAAGCUCCAAAGUUUAGCAAGGAUCAAUAUGACGUGGCUGUCUAUGAGAAUAUAGCUCCUGGAUCUCCGCUUGUGUCACUGGAGGUCACGGAUGAGAAUGAGGGUGGAUUCUCCAAUGGGCACUUCCUUUUGACCAGUGACGUUUUCAGUAUUACCAAUGAAGGCGUGGUCCACCUGCUGAGUAAUUCUAGCCUUGACAGAGAGACGAGAGACAACUACGUUCUAGAGGUGGUGGCUGUAGAUCAGCCCGUCAAUGGCUUGAGCGCCACGGCCCAGAUCAACAUAAUAGUUCUGGAUGUCAACGACAACAACCCACAGUAUUCAGAGUUCCAAAGUCCUAUAAUGAUCCCUGAAGACAAAACAGGCGAGGUGAUUCAAAUCCAAGUUAGUGACCGUGACAUCGACUUGAACGGAGAGGUCACCUUAACCACGUACUCCUAUGGUGAUGUCUUUGGAUUCACGUCGGAUGGGACUCUGAUGGUGACUGGGACACUAGAUCGAGAGAAACAAGAGAUUUAUGAUUUGGUCCUUGUGGCGAGCGAUAGUGGCACACCAUCCAGACAUAACAUUACCACGCUGACGAUUAUUGUGACUGAUAUUAAUGACAACGCGCCGGUCUUCAGUCAGGCUUCCUACUCAAUACGUGUUUUGGCUGAAGAUGUUAAAAAAGGAGAUCUGGCGUUAACCGUGUCUGCUACGGAUCUAGACGCCGGGAACAACUCUCUCGUCACCUACAGGUUCUCUGAAGGCUCCGACAUGGUGGAUUUGAAUCCUGAGACAGGAGCCAUCACCUGGACUCGUGACCUUACUAACGUCACCGAGUACAUGGAUAUACAGCUGAUCGUUCUGGCAGAGGAUCAUGGAACACCACGCCUAAAUGCUACAGCAACGGUCACGAUCGAGGUGAGAACCAUCCAGACGACGGACAGUAUCGUCUUCGAGAAGUCCACCUACUUCUUCUCAGUAAAGGAGAACGGACCAAAUGAAACAAAUGUCGGUGAGGUCAAAGCGCUGACAGGAAACCAGCUGAUCCAGGUCACUUACAGCCUGAUGUCACACACAGACCUGUUCACUGUGGACAGUUCAACUGGAGCCAUCAAAACACUUCAAACACUGGAUAAAGAAGACAAGGAAAUGUAUAUCAUUAACGUGGAAGCCACUGACUCCAGGACAGCCACUAACACCAAUACAGCUAAAACUACGGUUGUGAUUCAGGUAGAAGAUGUGAACGAGACUCCUGUCUUUGAACGUGAAACGUAUACGGCAGAAACCGUCAGCACCGCCCCGUUCAGAUAUCCGGUAGUGACCGUGAAGGCGUUGGACCCUGACGUCGGGGACAGUGAGGAGCUCCGUUACUCCCUGCAGGAGUCCAGUUCACUGCUGGGAAUCGAGAGCACCUCUGGGCAGGUCUAUGUGCUGGAUUUAUCAGGAAUGGGUGGCAAAAGAGUCACCGCUCACGUUAAAGCCACAGAUAAACACGGACUCUCUGCAACUGCUGAGAUACAGAUACACGUGAAAGACAGCGACAGCGAGAACAUCGUGGUGAUCGCACUGAACCAGCCCCUUCACACUGUCGAGAAGAAGAUUACAGAAACUCAGAAGUCUCUGGAGAAGGUGCUCGGUUGGAGCGUGCACAUCAUCAGCAUACGAAGCGAGAACGGAAACGAGAUGCGCUCACGUGUGACGAAAAUAAAUGCGAAGACAUACAUCAGCUUCAUCGCCGUGGACACGGAUGGCGUGGCCAUCGGCGCCCAAAAAGUCCACGAGAAGCUAAAGCGCGAGAGCGAGAGCGUGAAAGUCGAACUGGAGAAAGUGUUCGGUUCUAACGUGGAACUGGAAGAAGUGGAGCGAGAAUCUGAGGAACAGGAAAACGCCACCGAAACGACUGCCAUCGUGCUCGGCGUCUUGUUAGCGCUCUGCUUCGUCGCACUCAUCACGCUGGCGGUGGUUUACGUGAUAAAGCUCAAGAAGAUUAAAGAUACCGAUUCAGAUAAAGAAAGUUUUAACAUCACAAAGGCAGAGAGAUGCAGCGUCUUCACUAACGAAGACGCAUUUAAAGUGAAACAGGAGGAUCAGCAAAGCUGGUGUAGCAACAGAAAAGCAUCAGGAGUGUCUCCGAAGAGCAGCGUGGAAGUGACUGCUUCAGACAACUGCGCCAGCGUCACCUCGUCCCUCUAAAGACCAGCUGCAUGUCUAAAAUCACACAUCACUCAAGCACCUUAUGUAUCAGCCAGCAAAAUGAAGCAUAGUUCUGUUUCAAGGCCCAAGGUUAAUGUUCUUUUGGGGAGGGAUUUGCUUUGACUCAAAAAACAACCCACAACAACAAUAAAUAAACAAAAUACAUAUAUUUAUUAUAUUUUCAAACAGCAAAAGAUUCGGCUGCCAUAUUUACUAGACUGUAAUACACUUUUUUUUAAAAAAUCCAUAUACCACUGUGUUAGCAGAUUUAGGGUAAUCAUACUACUCCAGAAAACAUGUUCGAGGGUUAGCAUGGUUUAAAAAAAAAUGAAUGAAAUGCUAGUCGCGCUAGCGGAAGUGAGCUUCAUGCUAGCUCCUGUUGAAGUGAAUUACAGCGAAUGUCUCAGCAUUUAAAUAUAAAUAUAUAAAGAUGGACAUAGAGACAUCUCUUUCCAGGCAUGAUAAAGGGAUUUAAACAAGGACUUUAUUGAAGAUUAUAUAAUCCUUAAAAAUGAGCAAAAAGCCGAACUAGCCUCAAGUGCUCCCUCAGAGCCGGUACAAGCGUUAUACGAAACAAAAUAGUCUGGAAAAUACACCGUUUGUUAACAGUGGAGCAGAAACUUCACUGAUAACCUUGUUUAGCUCCAAUUAUUAUUAUUAUUAUUAUUAUUAUGAUUAUUAUUAUUUUAAGAGUACAAAUUAAAGUAACCUCUGCUGAAAAUAUCCCCCAAACAAACCAUCACAGAAAUUCUAAUGGUUUCCACUACAAACAGCAUUACAAACCAUCAGCUGUUAACCAUUACCAAAUGGUUUCCGUUACAUAGUAGGACGUAUUAAGAAAGUAGGUCGUUAAUGGUAGCCACUAGACAUGACAUACCACCAAUAGAAGGCAACAAAUUACCAGUAGAUACCCACAGGAACCAUUACAAUUCCCAUUAAAACCAUUACAAAAUCAGUGAGGGUUUCAAUUGUUUUUUUUUUGUUUUUUUUUUAAUUUAUUUAUUUCCAGCAGGGAUACUUUUAGAAAUCCCUGAUUGUGAACAUUUCCACAUUUAGUAAAUCAUGCACUUACCUUCCUAGUAGAGGAGUAAACGUCAGGCUUCCACACGAUUUCGAUAAGAAUAAAGCGGCGAUUCCAUAUUUGGCGAGAUCACGGAAUCCACUACGAUCCGAUACACUUCGAUUUAAUAGCCUCGGAGCGACAGCUGAACAAAUGAACUUGCUAACCAAUUACACUGUCUGCACAUCUGUUUAAAAAUAUUCAACAAUUAUUUUCUACACAACAGUUGUUGUUUUUUUUUGGCUAAGAAUCUAUUUAUAAUCAAAUGAUGAAUCGAUCCCAAACCGGCAGAUGGUUACAACCAGACUUCCUGUGAACUGCAACCCUUGUGUGUUGUAUAACUCUACAAAUGGUUAAUAUUUUAGCAUUAUGUUUUGUUUUUUUUGUCUGUAAAAAUGUAAUUGAACCUAAGUAUCUAUCUCUGUGCAUCGAAAUACGUCAAUAUACAUGUAUAAAAAUUGACUUCUGUGGGAUUGUGAAAUAAACAACAACAACACAACGGACUGUUAAAGAUGCGAAUCAAAGAAAUUUCAGUCUGUCAUGGUGACUUGCUUCAUAAUUAAAUCAUAUUAAAACUUUAUUAAGUUAUCCUAUAUUAAAAUAAAUCAAGGCCAAAAAUUUAAAGAAAAACGAAUGAAGAAGAAAAAAAAAAUAAAAUAAAACAGGAACAAAAAAAAAAA